GCUGCUCCAUCACUGAGGCUGUGACGAUCUUGGGCAACAAACUCAGAGAUUACCAGGGACGAUUCAACACUACUCACCUGCUAGCCCUCUGUGACUACUUCCACAACACCUUCAUCCUCCACUACAAACUCUACCAGUAUGUCCUGUGCCAGGACCAGGAAGUCAACCUGACCCUCACCCCCUUGGCGGUAUAUAUACCACCCCAGCCCCUCCCACUUGCCGAGGGCAUGGACAGGGAUGUCUGGCAGCACCAGCAGAAGGUGGCGGAGCUCACAAUGGCCGAGGUGCAGAAGCGCACCGAUGUGCUGCUCGUGAAAAAGGCACUGUACCUGGAGCAGAAGCAUAUGCUGCAAAAGACUUUCCAGGACAUAUCCAUGCAGCAGAGGCAGGGGCUACAUAGAGAG